AUGGUGGAGACCAACAGUACAGAUGAGGACAGGGCUACAGGCCACAGGCCCCUGGACAGCAGGGCUGAGAGGAGAGUUGUGGGUAAGUGGAUAGCCCUAUACUGCCAUGCAUACUGCCAUGCAUACUGCCAGGGGCGCGGCUUUGGUUUUAUAAGUGGGGGGAGGCACCAGGUACCAGUUAUUGAGCUUCUCCUCUUUUGACCUCCUCAUUUGACCUUCUCCUCUUUUGACCUCCUCAUUUGACCUUCUCCUCUUUUGACCUCCUCAUUUGACCUUCUCCUCUGCUGACCUUCUCAUCUGUUGGCCUUCUCAUAUUUUGACCUUCUCCUCCUUUGACUUUCUCAUCAUUUGACCUUCUCAUAUUUGACCACCUCCUAUUUCGACCUUCUCCUCGUUUGACCUUCUCCUCAUUUGACAACCUCCUCUUUUGACCUUCUCCUCGUUUGACCACCUCCUCUUCUGACCUUCUCCUCCUUUGACCUUCUCAUCUUUUGACAUUCUCCUCGUUUGACCACCCCCUCUUCUGACCUUCUCCUCUUUGACCACCUCAUCUUUUGACCUUCUCCUCGUUUGACCACCUCCUCUUCUGACCUUCUCCUCAUUUGACCUUCUACUCUUUGUCCACUUCCUCUUUUGACCUUCUCCUCUUCUGACCUUCUCCUCUUCUGACCUUCUCCUCUUCUGACCACCUCCUCUUCUGACCUUCUCCUCUUCUGACCUUCUCCUCCAAUGCGUUUGGGGAUUGAGGCAAGGAGACACUGUAUUCUUUCGGUGGUGGGUCUGGUCUGUCUUGACCACCCACAUUACUGGGGUUCUGCUUUCUGAUAAAAUGCCUUAUAUGGAGUCUCCUUGCAAUACGUUGUCGCCCUCUCUCAGAUGAGGAAGGGGAUGGGUUAUGUCCCCGUGAGACCACGCCCCCCUGUCACUCUGCUGCGUCACUAUAGGAACCCCUGGAAGGCAGCCUAUCACCACUCCCAGAGGUACAGCGACAUCAAAGUCAAA